AUGACUUCCUUUGUUACAUUACCGGUAGAACUUGUCUACCGAAUUAUGGAUCAUGUAUCAGAUUUCACCAUGGUAUGUUCGAUGAAAAAUGCAUGUCAACGAUUCAGUGACAUUAUAGAAACUUAUCCUCGAUAUCAGACACUCACCGCAUUAGAUCUCGGAUACUAUCAAAUCGGAGAUGCUAGACUACAACAUUUGGCUGAUGCAUUACGCCGUAAUACAACUUUCACUACAUUAAGUCUUUCUGGUCAUUCAAUCGGAGACGUUGGAGCAAAGUAUUUAGCUAAUGGAUUGAAACAUAACAAAACGCUCACCAUACUAAAUCUCGCAAAUAAUCAAAUCAGAGCUGUUGGAACACGAUACUUAGUUAAUGGACUGCAACAGAACAAAACACUCAUUACGCUAGAUCUUGGAUCCAAUCAAAUAGGAAAUAUUGGAGCACGACAUUUAGCUAAUGGCUUGCGACAUAACAAAACGCUCAUCACAUUAGAUCUCGGACACAAUAAAAUCAGUGAUGCUGGGGUACAACAUUUGGCUGAUGCAUUACGGCACAACACAACACUCACCACACUUAAUCUUACAGGUAAUCAAGUCGGGCAUAUUGGAGCACAACAUUUGGCUGAUGGAUUAGAACAUAACACAACACUCACUGAACUAUAUCUCGGUUGGAAUGAAAUUGGAGCUGUUGGAGCAGAACAUGUGGCUAAUGUAUUACGACAUAAUGCGACACUCACCAUACUAGGUCUCGAAAAUAAUCAAAUGGGAGUUGAUGGAGCACAACAUUUAGCUAACGGAUUACGACAUAACACGGCACUCACUACACUAAUUCUCGAAUAUAAUAAUUUCAGAGCUGUUGAAAUACAACAUUUAGCUGACGUAUUACGACAUAACACAACGCUCACUACACUAGAUGUCUACGGGAAUCGAAUCGGAGAUGUUGGAACACGAUAUCUUGCUGAUGCAUUACGACAUAAUACAACACUCACCACGCUAAAUCUUAAAAGUAAUUAUAUCGGAGAUAUUGGAGCGCAACAUUUGGUUGAUUUAUUAAGACAUAAUACAACACUUACUACCGUAAGCAUCUUCAUGAAUGAGAUCAAAUACGCUACUGAACAUGAAAUCAAUGAAUGUAUUGCACGCAAUAAAAAGCUUCGAUAG